CAGGUUCUCAAGAGCUGCACGGACUUUGUUGAGGAGCACGGCAUUGUGGAUGGCAUCUAUCGGUUGUGUGGCAUUUCUUCCAACGUACAGAAAUUACGACAAGAGUUUGACAUAGAGCGACCUCCUGACCUAAACAAGAGUCUCUACCUACAGGACGUCCACUGUGUAAGCUCCCUGUGCAAAGCUUACUUCAGAGAACUGCCCAACCCGCUGCUCACCUACCAACUUUAUGACAAGUUUGCUGACGCGGUAGCUAUACAACUGGAAGAACAACGACUAAUAAAGAUCAGAGAUGUGUUGAAGGAGCUUCCCCUUCCCCAUUACAGGACUCUGGAGUAUCUCAUGAAACACUUGAUCCACGUGGCUUCAUUCAGUGCACAAACCAACAUGCACGCUAGAAACUUGGCCAUUGUGUGGGCACCAAAUCUGCUGAGGUCCAAGGACAUCGAGUCAUCUGGGUUUAAUGGUACUGCAGCAUUCAUGGAGGUUCGAGUCCAGUCCAUUGUGGUGGAAUUUAUUCUGACCCACGUGGAACAGUUAUUUGGAACUGGGUCAGGUGAUGGAAACAUGAACAGCACAUCAGCUAAUAUGAACUGGCCAACGUGUGUUCCAGAGGACUAUUAUCGCUCUUUAUCCUACAACUUACCAAACAUGUUAAACCAUGGUGAUGGUCCUCCGCAGAUACGACCAUACCACACAAUCAUUGAGUUCGCCGAUCAUAAGAGAAAGGGCUCUUUAAAAGCCAAGAAAUGGAAAUCCAUCUUCAACCUUGGCCGAAAUAAUGACUCCAAGCGCAAGACAACAAAGCAGGAUGAAAAAGAUGAAAAGCACGAAAAAAUGAACCUGAGGCCAGCAAAGAGCAUGGAUUCCCUCAGCUCUGUCCCGGCAGAUGCUAGAGAUCUGGAGCAACGAAACCUGAUAAGAAGGUCGGCCAAACACCAAGCCGCCCUUCGGCGAGAAAGUCUUGGGACAGAGUCCAAAAAAGAAGAUGCCGGUAAUGAAUUUUCAGAUGCAGGCGAGCAGGCUCGGAUGGCAGACACCAUUGACGGAGACUACGAGGAAGAAGGCCAGGCAAAAUCAGAACCGACAACACCAAAACAAGGAAGGGCUUCCAUGGUGGCAACACCACAGGGCAGAUCGCCCAAGACCAAUAAUCGAAACCGAGCAGAGAAAUGUGUGGGAGUCCACAUCUCCGGACCCUUCUCCGUUACACUUCCCUUCCACAUCACAUCAAACCUUUCUCGGCUGACCAGAGGGAUGGAGUGCCCAAGUCUGAACUAUUCCGUCCUCCACAGGAGUUCUGAGAGGCUCUUCUCCCCAGAAGGACAACUCUACAUGGGCAGCAGCGACACCGACAAAGUCAGACUCACAAUGGUGUCUAACAUUGACAAGGAGAACAGCAAGCAAAUAGAACCUGAAAUGAAAGAAGACAAUGAGCAGAAAAUGGAGGCAAAUCGAAUGUCGCUAGAGGUCCAAGACACCUUCUCUUUCCUGGACAGCCAAGACACAAAUCCCGAUGAGACAAAAACUGCCUGUAUAGCUGAGGAGGAGAAAUCGAAAGAGAGAAUAGUGGAAUACUCUGCCGACAGCGAAAUGCUGCAAUAUGACCUGCAGCAUGACAGCCAGAUGGUGGAGUUUUCUGUAGAGCCACCCCAGGAUGAUCCUUGUACAGAAGAUGAGUCGGAACAGAUGUACUUUACUCCAGCGGGCUGCUUGGACAGUGAGGACCCAAUGCGGAACUGGCGUGACAGCUUAGAAGAUGUUUAUCUAAGUGCUUACGAUGACUUGAGCCCCUUAUCCGAGGAAUCGAAUGAUCAUUAUGAGCUGGAUGAAGGGAACAUUGAGGAUGGAGGGACUGAACAAACCAUGAAGCCUAAAGAGAAUGAAGGAAUGGAUGAUAGUAUUGCUGAUGGACCUCCUGCUACAACCACAGAUGGACAGGAAGAGGUUCUUUGUGAUACCCAAAAACCCUUUGGCCAGGCAGACAUGGAUGAUGGAUCAAGCAAUACUGAGAUAGAUAACGAGAAUCAAUGUAGUCCGCAAUCUAAUUUAUCGGAUAGAGCUACAUCAGAGGUUGUCUUUACUAGAGAAGAAUCAGACUGCGAUACAAAAAAAGAUGAGAUAGCUUGUGUCCAUGAAGAUAAUACAGAUAAGGAGACAGUGGUGGACUCCAAUUCUGGAUAUGUAAAUCCUGGUGAAAAUUUGGAGGACAAAGACAGUGUGGAGGAUGAAGGCCAUGUGGAAAUCUAUGUCCCUCUGAAUCUACAAGAUGAUGCAAUCUGCGGAAAGGAGGAUAUGCUGGAGUUAGAAGCUUUGUUAUUAAAUUUGUGUCCUUCAGAUUUACCUAUCCCUACAUUUUAUGACAAGCACAUUCCAUUGGUGGAUGAGAUUAAUCAUGAAGACUUGGAUUCUCCAGAAACGCAAGAGCCUGAUCUGUACAACCAGGAAGUACUACUGAUAAAUCAACCUACUGUAAUGAACGUAGAUCUUCCAGAAGUACAGGAUCCUCAGGAUGUCCCUCUGAUACAUGAGUUUACCUUGAAGAACUUAGACUCUCCUAAAAAUGAUGAGAAAGAUGACAUUCUGCUGGAAGAAAACAUGGAUUCCCUCUCAGAGACAGUCCACGUUGGCUUGGAAUGUGCUGAAGAUAUGAAUGUUGUAGAAGAUAAUAUGAUCCUGAAGACUAUUGAUAAUAUAGAAGAAUCUCAGUGUUGCCCAUCAGGCACCCCUGUACAUGACAAUCCUCUUCUAACAGCUGAUAAUGCAAUACACAUGACAGAAAAUGUUAGCUUGCAAGAAAUUCUUUCUUUGCUGAACUGCCUGGAGACAGCUUUAGAAAAACCUCAGGAAAACGAAGCAAGUCCUUGGGAAGAACACAAAGCCAUUAUCUGGGACCAACUGCAGGACACUGAAAGCUCACAAUGUGACCUUUGUUUACCUCAUGAGAUGAUACAAAGUGACGGUUUACCUGACACAGUAACUAUGACCCCACAGGCAGAGGAUGAGGGUCCAAGUACUCACCUCGAUAGAUCAAGUGAAUCCCAUCUACAAAACAUCCAAAUCUGUUCCUCCAAAGAGCAGAACCUCUCAAACUACACCAAGUCUACAGUUGUGAAAGAAAACACAGGAGCUUCCAGCAUUAACUCCGAUGGAAGUGUAACCAUGAAACUGGCUUUCAGCCUAAAUAAAGUGCAGCAAGUCAAAUCCGUACCAGUGGUGCCACCAAAACCCCAGUUUGCCAUGCUGCCCCCGGCCCUAAAGAGUAAAUUGCAUGUUAGUUCCAAAUUAUCCACAACCAGAGAUACACCGAAGUCCCCAAAACCAGACAAAGGUGUUGGGUCGGAACCUAUAGAAUCAGGCAGUGACUGCGCCCCAAUAAGAAGAUCCAGCUGGAGAAACGCCACCAGUGUGUCCUUUGAUACAGCAAUGGCUCUAGCCAAGGAACGUCAGCAGUCCCAAAUUCCAGUUCGGCGCAUGCAAACUUAUUGCAUUGGAGAUUCUUAUGAUCUUUUGGACAUACCCAAGAUGGAAACCCCGCCCAACUUUCCAAAAUUCACCAUAAAGUCAGCCAGCAGCAGAACACACAGACCACUUAGUUGUAUGUCCCUGUCUUCUGCUGAGGCAGACUUUAGAGGCUUGCGCCAAGAAGAUCCGAACGCUUUAUCAAUACAUGGAGCCCAGUCUCUGUUCCAGCAGGAAGCCGAAGUCUACACUAAGGAACUUCCCCAGAGGAACCGCCUUAGCAUGCCAAGGAUAGGCCGACAGUCCACUGACGAUGUCCACUUACACACGUGUUAUCACCAGCGUCGAUCCCUUCUCUGAACAUCUA